AUGGGCGCCGAGCUCUCCACCGCUAGGGUCAGCCGGCUCACGGCGCUCGGGUUCGACGUCGCGAGUGUCCGCGCGGCCCUCGAGGCGUGCGACGGUGACGUCGACCGCGCCGAGCAGCUCUUGCGGCAGGAGCGGGCGAGGAGAGAGACGGCGGCCAGAGGUGGUGGCGACGGCGGCGCAGAGGAGAUUGGAAGGGCAGUCAACAGCGUGCUUCGCGAGCAGCGGCCGUGGAGCGAGUUUGGGGAGCGCUUCCUCUGGCCGGAGCACCCGCGGGAGAGGAUGCUGACCAACCUGGUCUACUACCGCGCGAACUAUCUCAUCCUGUGCGUGGCGGCGACACUCGUCGCGAUGCUGCUCGUCCCGCAGCUACUCUUCACCGCCGGCCUCGUCGCGAUGACGUUCGGCGGCGCCGUGGCUCUCGGCAACACGCCCGUGCCCCACAUCGGCCCCCUGCAGCUCGAACAGGCGCGCGGUGGCGGGGCGAGGGCGUGA